AUGAAGAGUUAUAUCAUGUCCUCCUCCAAUAUGUAUAGAACGGACUUUAAGCUAUCAACUCAUGGCAAUCAGUACUCCAAAUCAUUUGCAAACAAUAUUUCCCACAUUAAUUAUCCUAAUGACCCCUGCUCUUCCAGCGUUUCUUACAAUUAUUCAUGGCUAAUCUAUACGUUCUCCAUCGAAGACCACCGCGAGAGAGUCAUGGCUUUCCUCCGCAUCCUUCUUCUUCUUCUUCUUCUAGCCAUAACUGCUUGCUGCAUCGACGCGAGAAGGUUCGGCCCGCCCCCACGCGGACUUGCGGAGCGUCAACAGGAAGAUGAAACAUGGCAAUGCUGGGAAGCGCUGAUUGAACUACGAUCGUGCAGCGGAGAAGUAAUUCUCUUCUUUCUGAACGGAGAAACGUAUUUGGGCCCGAGCUGCUGCAGAGCCAUUCGGGUCAUCGAGAAGCGUUGCUGGGCAGCCGACGCUUUGCUCGCCGUAUUGGGCUUCACCGCACAAGAGGGCGAUGUUCUUCGUGGAUAUUGUGAGGCCGCCGUAGAAGCGCCGCCGCUGGAAUUUACGCCGCCGCCUGAUUCUUCUAGCCAUGAUACUGUUAAUUAA